UGGCAAUAGCGAUGACGUUGCCCAGCUCGAGCUUGAUUCCAUAUCUGGCAACUGGAAGCAUCAACAACCACCACAACCUGCAUCAACACUCAUGUCUCUGCUGCUGUAGCCCAACCGCGACAAUGGCCAACCGGGGUUACGAUGUAGUAGUCGACGUCGAUGCUGAGGGUGACCUUGGCCACACCGACCUUCAAGAAGAUCUCGAAUUCCACCCGUCCAACUUUGAAGAGAACUCCAACACCGCCAAACCCCACCACGCCGACACAACCCCCUUCCUAGGCUCCUCUCAAGGCGGAGCUUCAUCUCGCCUCCGCGGCACCUCCCCCGGCGGCACCCCUUCCAAACACCGCUUCUGGACCCUAACAUACUACUCCCAAUUCUUCGACGUCGACACCUCCGAAGUCGUCCGCCGCUGCACCGCGACCCUCUACCCACGCACAAACUUCCUCGACGUCCUCGACGGCAACCCAGAUCUCUACGGGCCCUUCUGGAUCGCCACGACCGUCGUCGUCAUCCUGUUCCUCACAGGCACCGUCUCGCAGUAUCUAGCGCGCAGGGGCGAAGACCACUUCGAGUACGAUUUCAGCCUCCUAUCUGGCGCCGCGGGCCUGAUUUAUGGAUACACGGGCAUCAUACCGAUUGCGUUGUGGGGGGCGCUGAGGUGGUUUGCGCGGGCAGGCGGCGGUAGUGGUGAGGACUUGGUGGAGUGCUGGGCGCUGUACGGGUAUGCGAAUCUGGUGUGGAUUGUGGUGGCGUUGGUGAGCUGGAGUCCGUUGACGGUGCUGAAUUGGGUGCUGGUCGGUGUCGGGUUUGGGUGGUCGGUAUUCUUCAUGUUGCGCAAUCUGUACCCCGUGAUCAGCGCGACGGAUGCGAAGACGAGUAAGGUGUUGCUGGUUGCGGUUAUUUUGCUACAUGCUGGGUUGGCCAUUGCCAUUAAGAUUCUGUUCUUUGCGCACGGAAGCCCGGCGUCAGACAAGAAUAAGAAUAAGAAUAAGGAUGACAAAGGCGAUAAGCAUGAUGGCAAAAACGAUAAGAUGGUGCGGAUGUUUUAUGGGAUGUGAAAGAUAUAUCAACGUGAUUUGAUGCGACGCUGAAUGGGAUGACCACUUAUCUACCUCAAUUAUUUUACUUCCGUUUGCUUGAAGAACGGCUAUGAUGGUUUUUAUCUAUUUGUUUCUUAUAUCCUGAGUUUUUGUUGUGUUUUUCCUUUAUUCGUUUUCACAACACUAUCUUGUCUAUUCUCAUUGAUGGUUAUUUUUUUAUUUUUUUUCAUAUAUAUAUAUCCCACAAGCGGAUCGGGUAUUUGUAUUUUUAGCAAUCUGCCGGAUGUCUUCCCCUAUUAAUCUCCUUAUACGUUUGCAUCUAUAAACAGCCUACAUAUAUGCUAUUAUGUUUAUGUUAGAUAGAGAAUGGAAUGGAACCAACCGCGGGGACAAUGAGCUUGGAACUUCUAGUGUCUAAGACACCAGAUCUCUGUUUUUGAUCUAUUUCCAAUCGUUUAAGGUAUAUUUUGUUGAUCGCCAAGCUCACGGUUUACUUUCCGGGAAUAUUUCUACAAAGAUAAAUUCUCUUUUUCAAAGGACGAACUAGUAAUUCAGGAA